GGGGCCAGCUUCAAGGUAGAGCCGCCACUUUACUUGCGGCUUCGUGAAGCUUCCAGCGAUUCGUAACUUUCCUCCACCAGGUCUUUAAAAUGUGUCCUUCGACCUGACAUUAAUGCUCGGAAGGUGUCGCCAUGUUAACGAAUCGGCUCUUCUCGGCCCGUUUCAGAAUUAAACAUUUUUUCCCGCCUUGAUACCUUGAUAUUAAUACUCGACUCACCCACGGCUUCUGGCUCUCCAAAUUUUAACCCUGCAAACUUGUCUCUCCAUUAUCCCUACUGCAACUUCACCAGCUGGCGCAUCAUAUUGAAUAGCCUUAUGAGGGUGCCGAAAACGGUGGCUUGGAGAUGACUUCGUUCUAUUUCCAUAUCAAAUUCGAGCUUUAUCCGACCGAAAACCCUGCUGCCGGACAAGACACAUUUGCGGCGCAGAACAGCCGAGAUAUUUGGCUUCCAUCGAACGAUUCCAGCAUUUUUGACGACCUUCCUGCCCAUCCCCCACCUCAUCGAUCGGCGGCGCGCAAUACAGACCUACCAGAUAGAAGUAGACGUAUAUCUUUUGGAGCUCUCGCUACGUUGGACCGCAGAGCUGGGCUUGGCGCAAACUCGAAAUCUGGAGUCAUAGAUUGCGGGACCCCGCGACCACCCACAGAAAUCGGAGGAGGAGAAAUCGAAGGCUUGCCAGGGCGACAGUUGUUGGGACGAGCGAAUAGCUAUCCUCUACCGCCGUCAACGGCUGCCUUGCAACCGCAGACUGCAAUCCGAGAUUGGAGAUUUGGGCGCAUCAAUAUCGAAACGUUAGACCCCGGCUUAUAUAAAAACAACAACAACAUGACUGGAGAAGGCAAGGCGGCGGCUACUGCUGUCGCUGGGCCAUCCGCCGCACCAGAUCUGGGCCCCCCAUUUAGCGGCUCAGGAACGGCGACAAAGGCAGAGUUUGUUGAGCUGGAGGGCAAGAAUACAGAAGUUGGAUGGGGCAUCGUGCAUUUCUACCGGGAGAGUGACGAGACUGCUGGGCUUGCCUCCACCCACGAGGUGGCAGAAGAAACUGAAAACAUGCAGGACUGCACCACGCUCUGCAUCCCUGCUGUUCCGGCCUACAUGACACCCGGAGAUUUCUUGGGCUUCUUAGGAGAACGAUGGCAGAAUGACAUUAGUCACUGCCGAAUGGUUAUGACCUCGCGGAUGAAUCGGUACCUGGUCCUGCUCAAGUUUCGUGAUAGCAAACAGGCGAAACUGUGGAGGCGAGAGUAUAAUGGCAAGAUAUUCAACUCUAUGGGGUCACAGUCCCAAGCCUGCCACGUAGUCUUCGUCAAGAGCAUCACAUUCGAACGACCGAGCCCAUCUCGGGGGCACGAAUAUUCUCUUUCGUCGUCUUCGGCGGCCAUUUCGAAUAGCCUGAAGCCUUUCCCACCUCCGACUCCAAGCCUUGUGGAGCUGCCCACAUGCCCAGUCUGCCUAGAAAGAAUGGACGAGACGAAUGGAUUGAUGACUGUGCCGUGCUCUCACGUCUUUCACUGCACGUGCCUACAGCGCUGGAAAGGAGCCGGCUGCCCAGUCUGCCGGUUUACGAACCCAUCCGAGGAGAGAGAUCCGUCAAAUCCUUACAGCCAACCAUUUGGAGGGUCGGCCUCGAAUCUGUGCAGCGUCUGUGAUUGCGCCGACGAUCUCUGGAUUUGCCUAAUAUGUGGUUAUCUGGGGUGUGGCCGAUAUAAAGGAGGGCAUGCCAAGGAUCACUGGAAAGACACGGCGCACUGCUUUGCUUUGGAGCUGGAAACACAACACGUAUGGGACUAUGCGGGUGAUAUGUGGGUGCAUCGUCUCAUUCGCGAUAAAGGCGAUGGCAAGGUCGUCGAGCUUCCGGGAAGAGGUAACUACACCGCCAACGGCGAAGGCGCGGAUGAGGACAUGGUCCCGCGGGCAAAAUUGGAGACGAUUGGCCUCGAGUAUACUCAUUUGCUAGGGAGCCAACUCGAGUCUCAGAGGGCCUAUUAUGAGGGAAUGAUCAACAAGAGUGCUAAUAAGGCUUCGAAAACCUCGGCCGAGUAUGAAAAGGCAAUAGCGGAGCUGUCAGAAACUCGGCAACAACAUGCUACUCUGCAGGAAGAAUAUGGAGUCUUGAACAGAGAGACGCUCCCGCAGCUAGAGCGCGAUCUCGAACGGGAGAGGAACAAGGCGAAGAAGGGUGAGAACCUCGCCAGGAGUCUUGGCCAGUCACUACAAGAAGAAAAACGACUUAAUGAAGGGCUGAUGAAACGCAUUGAGCAUCUAGACACUGAUGUCGAGGCGAUACGCAAGCAGUUGGAGGAGCUCAGGGCAGAAAAUGCAGAACUGAAGGAAAUGAAUAGAGACUUGACCAUGUUCAUCUCUGGGCAGCAGAAGCUUAAAGAGCUGGAGAAUGAAGGGCAAAUCGAGGAGGGUGAGCUUGAGGGGGGCACUAUGAGCGUUCCCGAGGCUAGGAAGAAGAAGACGAACAACAAAAAGAAGGGGAAGAAGUGAUUGGCAGUUUCAAGUGUUAUAGCGAUUUGGUCGUCACAGCGAUGAGUUGGGUAGCUUAGACGGAGUUUUGGUGGUGGGUGAGCGGAGUUGGUUACGGCGAUGACAUCUUGUUUGGGCUACUCCAAUAGAAUCCAUUGUAAUACUAGGUAGUAAUGGCAUCAAAUUUGAUUCUUACAAUGAAGCAGAGCACAGCAGAUGCUGCCCCUUGCAUGGCACGCAUCUCGCAUGCAGCCUUGGGAGUGUGUAUGCAUGUGCUUACAGAGUCGCACAAAUCUCCGGCGGCCGAAUGAAACCAAUCUCCGGGGUUCGGUGCCGGACGCGGUUACGGGGGGGUGUUUAACAAUUACAUGUGACAGAGCGGCAGGGAUAUCGCGAAAGAAGAAGAAGCUCACGAUGAAUGAUUAUUUAACUUGGUGUGGUAUUAUUUCGCAUUGAUGUGGUUACGUGAUGAAAAUGCUUAGGUUG